AUUGGUUCCGCAACAAAUUCUCGGCUUCGGGGCGCUUUCCCUGAGCAACGUUGAUGGUGCCGCACUGGCCAAGAAACUUGUUCUAAUCCGGCGUCAGGUCCAUGAGGUCACCGUCCAAGUCCGGUCCUUCUCCCUCGACAUUCAUCAAGAAGUACUCAUCAUCAUCGCCAACUUGGUCGUCCACCACAUCCUCCAUCACAAUGUCUUCGUCGGCGACUUCCCACAUAUCGAGCAUGUUGGCGUCUUCACCGCCCGACAAGUCCACAUCCAUGAGAUCGACGUCGACAUCGACGAGCGGGGGAGGCGGAGCAGGCGCUUGAACGUCAACCGUGUCUACGUCCAUCCGGCGGAUUAG